GACAGUAGGUGGCGGAAAUGCACCGUUCACUGGAUGCCAUCCGCCAACAAAUUUAAGAAGAAGAAGAACGGAGCCGACCGGAAGUAGACGGAGCCGGAACUCGGCCGUCGCAGUGACUCUUCGUAUUCGGGACCAAACCGCGUGUGUCCUCCUCCCGCCACGUGACCCUGUCCGAGUGGACGCGGCGUUGUUGUUUCCGUCCGGAUUGUCUCCCGGUGUCAUGACGUCAUGACGUCAGCGUGCUAGCAGGAAGUAGACGGAGCCGAGCGCGUGUGGAGGAAACGUCUGUCCGUGAGUUCGUGAACAUGUGUAACGUCCCAGAGCUCAUAUGUUUAGUGAACCAGCGACUGACUGCGGCUGCUGGAGAGAUAUGUGGGCUGUUUGAAGACACGAUGGCAGAGCACGAGGAGGAACUGACUAGUUUAAAAGAGGAGCACGAGCGCCAACGAAAACGACUGGACGCCAUGUUCAACCCGGAAGUCCGGUUACAACGAGCAGAUGUCCAGCAGCUGUUGGUGACUAAACCAGAGGUUCCCUCUGAGCAGCAUGACUGGAGCUCCAAUCUGGACCAGGAAGACCCAGAGCCCCCACACAAUAAAGAAUGCCAGGAAGACCCAGAGCCCCCAGACAUUAAAGAAGACCAGGAGGACCAGGAGGACCCACACAUUAAAGAGGAACUGGAGGACCCAGAGCACCCACACAUUAAAGAGGAACUGGAGGACCCAGAGCACCCACACAUUAAAGAGGAACAGGAGGACCAGGAGGACCCAGAGCCCCCAGACAUUAAAGAGGAACUGGAGGACCCAGAGCCCACACACAUUAAAGAGGAACUGGAGGACCAGGAGGACCCAGAGCACCCACACAUUAAAGAGGAACUGGAGGACCCAGGGCCCCCACACAUUAAAGAGGAACAGGAGGAACUCGGGAUCAGUCAGGAAGGAGUGCAGCUUCAAGCGCUGGAGGAGGCUGGUAUCAAGUUCCCAUUUGCUCAGUUCUCAAAGUCCACUAAAAAAAAAAAACAUUUGAAAACAGAAAGAGAUGGAGAGGAAGACGGAUCCAGAUCAGAUCCAGAUAGUCCUUUACAACCGACUGCUGAUGAGACUUCCCAAUCCUCUGAAUGUGAGACUGAUAACAGUGAUGAUUGGAAGGAGACUCAGGAACCUCUGUCACAUUUAAACCCUUUGCAAAACAAUGAAGUCCUUGAAAGUGACGUGGACUGUAAUACUGGAAAAACAUCAAUAAGCUCCUCUGGAAGCUUUGGCCACAAAAGACAUCCGAAAAGACACUCUGGAGUCAAAACAGGAGAGAAACUAUUCAGUUGUUCAGUUUGUGGUAAAACAUUCAGACGAGCACAGAGUCUGAAACGACACUCAACUGUCCACACUGGAGAGAAACUAUUCAGUUGUUCAGUUUGUGGUAAAACAUUCAGACGAGCACAGAGUCUGAAACGACACUCAACUGUCCACACUGGAGAGAAACUAUUCAGUUGUUCAGUUUGUGGUAAAACAUUCAGACAAGCGCCGAGUCUGAAAGAACACUCAACUGUCCACACUGGAGAGAAACUAUUCAGUUGUUCAGUUUGUGGUAAAACAUUCAGACUAGCGCACACAAUGAAACUACACUCAACUGUCCACACUGGAGAGAAACUAUUCAGUUGUUCAGUUUGUGGUAAAACAUUCAGACUAGCGCACACUCUGAAAGAACACUCAACUGUCCACACUGGAGAGAAACUAUUCAGUUGUUCAGUUUGUGGUAAAACAUUCAGACAAGCGCAGAGUCUGAAAGAACACUCAACUGUCCACACUGGAGAGAAACUAUUCAGUUGUUCAGUUUGUGGUAAAACAUUCAGACUAGCGCACAAUCUGAAAGAACACUCAACUGUCCACACUGGAGAGAAACUAUUCAGUUGUUCAGUUUGUGGUAAAACAUUCAGACAAGCGCCGAGUCUGAAACUACACUCAACUGUCCACACUGGAGAGAAACUAUUCAGUUGUUCAGUUUGUGGUAAAACAUUCAGACUAGCACGCAAUCUGAAACGACACUCAACUGUCCACACUGGAGAGAAACUAUUCAGUUGUUCAGUUUGUGGUAAAACAUUCAGACAAGCACGCAGUCUGAAACUACACUCAACUGUCCACACUGGAAAAACAAAUUAGUGGAAUAUUUUUCUUGAAAAAAUUCUCUCUUCUCUGUGAUUUAAGAAAAUCACUAUUGCAUUGAUAAGAUCAUCAGAAAUAAAUGAGACAUGGUUAAUUACUUAAAAACCGGAGGGUUGAAUAAAUAAGUUAAUUCAGCUACGUUGUUGUUCAUGAUAAGGUUGAAGAAGUUUUCUCUGCAAGUCUUGACCCUAUAUGAGUGAACACUGAGUGUUUUAUGAGUUCACAGUCUGUGACAUCACAGUCGAGGGUUACGCAGGUGUGUGUGUGUCUGUCGAUAUUUAAAAAAUUAACUGAACUGAAUAUGUGAUCAUUUGACCUGAAGCACUCCUGGGCCCUGUUUCUCGUACCUAGCUAACGUAGUUAGCUGGAUCAUUUUCAGGAUGAGAUCACAAGUGAGGCUUUUCGCUUCAACAAAGCAAGUUUGGAACUAGAACGGGCACUCGGUAGAGCGCAUACCUUCACAUAUCACAAUAUUGGGCAUUGAAUUAUGUACAUUUUGGCAUUAGUUGCAUGCCAAUUGGAUAAAAAUUGACCGCUAUGGUAAAAAGAAGAUCUUGACCUUUGACCCGAUCGAUCCCAAAAUCUAAUCAAAUGGUCCCCGGAUAAUAACCAAUCAUCCCACCAAAUUUCAUGCGAUUCGGUUUCAUACUUUCUGAGUUAUGCGAGUAACACGCAUACAAAUAAAUUAUUCAACAUUUGGAAAAUACAGCAUCAGUAUACUGUUAUACUGAUGCUGUAUUUUCCGACUGUGCCAGAGAGGGUUACUAUGACAACAAGCUUGUAAUUGAAGUGUCACAGUGUAGAACAACACACCCUGUUCUUACUCCCUUCACCGCUGUCUGAUCCAGAACUCUGGAUACAUGCAUGACGACAGCAUUCAGAUCAUAAACAUAACACUUUGAAGCCAUUAAAUAUUAUACAUACUGUAUGUAUUAAUAUUUAAUGUGUUCUGGGCACGUGUGUCAAACCAGUUUCUUCCUCCAUAGUGUUGUAGUAUAUUUUUCAUUACAUAGUAUUUCAAGAUCUCUAAACUGGCGGUCCACAUGUGGUACGCUUUACCUUCGCAUUGAAAAUGCGAAAGGUUAUGUUUUGAUUGCUGUGUAUUUAUUUUUAUGCGUGUGUGUGUGUUAUUCGCAUAACUCAAAAAGUAUUAAACCAAAUCGCAUGAAAUUUGGUGGGAUGAUUGGUUAUUAUACAGGGAACAUUUGAUUAGAUUUUCGGAUCGAUCGUGUCAAAGUCAAGGUCAUGAAAAAGUCAAUCUUCUUUUUACCAUAGCGCAGUCAAUUUCUAUCCAAUUGGCAUGCAACUAAUGCCAAAAUGUGGCUGCAGCGAAGGUAUGCGCUCUACCGAGUGCCCGUUCUAGUUAUUAAUUAAUUCAUAUUAUUAAUUAUUGGCUCACAUUGAGAUGAAACUGAAAAUGUGUUGGGUGAAGCCGGAUGUGUGAAACUCUUAAGCAUAACUGAUUAAAUAUUCACAGAU